CCCAGGAAGUGGCAGACAGGGCAGAGACAGAGAGCAGCGAGUAACGACGCGCUGAGCGGAGGCAGAAGCUCUCCCCCGCGUAUCAGAAAGUUUAGAAAUGGUUACACUUCACCCGGAGUUUUUCAGCCACGUUUAGCGGGAAGGACUCCAGCCUUUUUUUUUUUCCUUCUUCUUCCUCUGGGAAGUACGGCCAGUGUGGCUCCGGGGAGGUUGCGGCUCUUUUUGGUGGGGUUAAAAAUGUGGAUGAAUGGCGGGGUUUUAUCUGGAUUUGCGUGACGUGCGCGAGACAGUAAGGUGCUUUCUGCACGAGCGCUUUAGCUGAGGCGAGAAAGAAAAAGUUGUUCUUGCGAGGAUUCAAACAUACUUCUCUCUUUAUUUUCGCCUUCCUGGAUCCUGUUAUCAUGACGCCUGACCUCUUGAACUUCAAAAAGGGAUGGAUGUCGAAGCUGGACGACUGUGGAGAGUGGAAGAAGCACUGGUUUGUUUUGACAGAUGCUGGACUCAAAUAUUACAGAGACUCCACUGCAGAGGAGAAAGAUGACUUGGAUGGAGAGAUUGACCUGAAAUCGUGUCUGAAGGUGUCCGAGUUCAACGUGGAGAAGAACUACGGGUUUCAGAUACAGACGCGGGAAGCUGUUUUCACACUGUCGGCCAUGACAGCUGGGAUCAGGCGAAACUGGAUAGAGGUUUUGAAGAAGUGUAUCCAGCCCAGCAGCUCUCCGGACCUCACACAAUUGCCUGACAACAACAGCGACAAGGAGAACUCCCACAAACGUUUCCCGACGUCUUCCCGUCGGCCGUCGUCGCGCCACGUCGAAUCCCAGCCGGACGCGCCGAGCUCGGCCCAUCCCGCCGAACGAAAAUGCGACUACGUAGAACUCUCUCCUGUUACCGCCUCCUCUGGGCCGCUCCCAUCCAGUCAGAGAGAAGCAGGAGAGGGGCAGGGGCGAGAGCACAGCCAGUGGCAGGAGGACAGGAGCACGAGCAGCCAAUGGGAGGCCGUUCUGUCCCGGAAGGGCUCGGGCGUGGGAUCCAACCAGAGGCUACACCUGGAGGACGAAAUUGAGAAGAAGUGGUCCGAGUUUGAGCGAAUGCCGUUAAAGGACAUGAGCUCCUUUUCGUCGACGGGCUCGCGGACCUCUGGCACGUCAGCCAACGAGGCGCUGCAGAGGGAGGUGGCGUCACUGAGGCAGCAGCUGGACAAACUACAGCAGGGGGGAGGAGGGGGAAGGGGAGGAAGUGUGCGCGGUAACUGCGGCCCCGAGGCGCCCUGCAGCCGCAGCCUGGCGGCCAUGGAGCGCGCUCACAGACACGCGCUGGAAGAGCUGCAGAGGCAACACGACCGGCAGAUGAGGGAGCUGGAGACGGAGAAGGACCGGCUGCUGCUGGAGGAGACUCAGGACACGGCACGAGUGAUGGAAGCUUUGAAGAAGAAACACAAAGAGGAGCUGGAGAGAGAGGUGGAGAAGGUCAAGAGGCUGAGCAGCGGAAAGUUAGACCCUCGGACUCUGCAAGCCCAGCAACAGGCUGAAACUCAGGCCUUGCAGAGAGAGCUGGCCGGUCUGUCUGAGCGCUACUCUGAGAAGUGCCUGGAGCUGAACCGGGCUGAGCAGAGGAACGCCGAGAGAGAACGGGAAGUCAGCCACAAAGAGAGAGACAUGGAGCAGCUGAAGAAGGACAACGCGGAACUAAAGACCCGCUUGACGGAUGAAAUGAGUCGUACGCGAUCCAGCCUUACUGAUAAAGGCUCAGAGGACAACAAAGACAAGGUGUCCUGUGAACUACAGGUUCUCCUCAGAAUGAAAGAUAACGAGAUAGAGUAUCUGCACAAGGAGAUCAGCUGUCUUAGGAAUGAGCUACAAUUUCUAAACACGGAAAAGCAGCUGGCCUGUGAGCGGUAUGCAGAGGUGCACGGAGAGCUGAACGGGAUGAAAUGCCGGACUGAGCGCGAGAUUCAGAGCCUGAAGGAGCACUUGAGGCUGGCCAUGGCUGCUCUGCAAGAGGGACAAAAGCUGGGGAACAGCCUGGACCACUGACUAGCUGCUGCUGCUAAAUCUGUGGCGCACAUGAGGAUGGCUAUGGGCUGAUAAAGGCAGGAGAAUGACAAAGCAUAGUUCAAAGUCUCUUUAGAGAUUUGGAAAAGCAGGUGUCUUUUUUUUUUUUAUUAUUAUUAUUAUUGUUUCAACCUUUCUUUGUCCCCAGAGAUUAGCUUUUCAGUCUGCAUGGCGACUGGAUCCAAAGGAGCUGCUCGUGCAGGACCUUAGCAGCUGUGUCAGAACUGCCACAAUGUGUCUUUCAACCCAUUUGCCAAAGCGCCAUUUGGUUGGUUUCAUUACACUGGGCCUUACCUUGUAUGUUAAAGUGCACUUUUGCUUUUUUUUUUUUUUACUUUUGAGAGUUCAAGCUUGCAUCCAGACGCAUUUGGUCUUAAAACUGGAACAUCUGCGUUUUACAGUUCAUCGGGCCUUCUAGAUGGCUUGUACCGUCUAAACUUCCUUUUGAAAGCGGAGGUCAGAAGACUCGCUUGCUUCAUACAGCUUUUCGUUAUUUUUAGUCCGUCUGCGAACAUUUGUACCUGUGUUUUGUUUGUAAAUGGGAGUUUCUGGAAAAUACAUUGGGAUUCUGACAUGACAACACAGGACAACUUGUUGAUGGGGAAAUUUGGUCUGAUUAAGGAACAGAUUCAGGCUUCCUUCACUGAUAGUUGACUAAACGCUGUUGGAUGAUUGUUUCUCCACGUAACUCAUCCAUAUAUCUACGACCCAUGGAGGAGAUUUCCCCAGCUUCCUGACUCCGCUGACCAUUUACCGGCAUGUUCUGCUAAGUGCCACCACCACACCAAAUGGCAGGUGUUGCAUCAAUGAGCCAUUUUUUUUAUUUUAUUAUAUUUUUCUUAUUGAAAAUAUCUAUUGUGAAAGAGUAACUACCUACUUUUUUUGAAGCAUUUUCAUAUUUAAAAGCCUUUAGGGUCUUUGUAAAUUAUGCUCGUUUUUUU